AUGCAUAUGUCUAGCCGCAGUGUGGCUGCAGUGCUCACUGACGCAGACAGUUUUGAUGAUUGCAUUGAGAAGCAGGCCCAUUUCGGCAUGACGCUGUCGAGGUCCACUACGGAGACGACAACUCCUGGUGCUGCCACGCUGGAUGGGUGCUUGGGCCUUGCAGUCUCCGAUGCCUCGACUGCAGCGGAUUCACCCGAGUUCCGCGAUGCCUUGCGUGUGGUGCUCGCCAAAGCUGCCGGGCCGGAGGUGCUGCCAGAGUACGUGGUGGAUCUAAACUUCUUGGCAGGCUCGGGCUGCGACGCCGGCCGCCUGCUUUUCGAAGCUCGCCGGCUCCAGCAGCAGGAGAGCCUGCGAGUCGACUAUCUCAUCGUGUUUCCUACCUCCCUUGGCCUUGCGGUGGCUGUCGCACUUGCGGAAACAAGCCAGAAGGGCUUAGAGACGGUUACGGUGGAGGCAGCCACAAGAUGGCUCAAGGAAGAAGUUGCUCAAGUUCCGGCUUUGCACGGCUUGGAGGUGGCGGUGGCCACGAAGAGUGUUGCAUUGUCUCUGUCCGCUGAAGCAGCAGAGCUCGUUGCACAAACAACCGCGGACUCGACAGCCUUGCUGAUUGUGAUUGGAUUUGCAGCCCUGCUGUUUCCCACCUGCCUCUGCGUGAUAUCUUGGCGCUGUCGGAAGCGGCUGGCACCAAGCGCGGCAGUUCCUGAAACUCCUGAGCCGAAGCUGUCUGCAGAGGUUUGGCCAGAGCCCACCAUGGAUGUCUGUGACAUUCGAAGGACCAGCCUCCUCGACGAUACAGACUUCCAGCAGUAUGAUCCCGCAGAGGCAGCAGAUGUUCCCGAGGAGACGCGGCAGCUGGAGACAGACGAGACCAACAGCAAAAAGAAGCGCCUGGUACCCAAAGGUCGAGAGCGUGCAAAGAUGGGAAGUCCUGUGGCCGUGAAGCGCGGGAAGUCACCAAGACGCCUCAUCCCAAAGGCAAGAGCGAUAGAAGAGCCGACACAGGAGCUUUCCUCAGAGGAGGACGUGGAGGUCUUCCGGUGGCCCGUCCCAGAGGCGCCGCCAGAGGAGGAGGUGCUUGAGCCGAAGAAGCUCACGCAGCCAAAGAAGUUGAUACCGAAAAAGGUG